ACUAUUGCUAAAACGUUCGAUUUGCAAAUAUGGCCGAAUAACUUCCGGCAGCUGAUAAAGACAAUAUUUACAAGUAUCGUAAUAAGUUACGAAAUGAUGAUCGAGUGAAGUGAAUCCGUUCGACUGUUAUUGAAAGAUUUAGCUUGAUUAUAAGAUUACGAAGUGAUAUUAAAAGUCAGAUUAGUAAAAGAUGGACCGAAAAAGAAAUACCGAUGAUGCUCCUCUCCUAGUAAACGAAGAUCGCGCAACAGAAAUAGAAGAAACUCGGACCUUGGAAGAUGAAACAAACUCUCAUAUGCAUGAAACGGGAAGUAAUCGUCUUGGUUAUAUAACUGUUGCAAUUCUAACAUGGACGAAUCUUUUAAACUACAUGGAUCGUUUUACUGUUGCAGAAAAAUGUACUAUGUACGAGGAAAAGCAUCCUUUAGAGGAUAAGUUUGAGUUAGACAACGGAGACGAAGUCGAAAGAGAAUCUUCGGGAAAUCCAAAGAACGCUAUAAUUAUUAUGUUUAUAUUAAUAUUAGCUAAUUUACUGAAUUAUAUAGAUAGGUGCAUUUGUGCUGGGGUUUUACAAUCGAUUAAAGACAACUUCUUUAAAAAUGAUAAUACUCCUAUGAAUUCAACUCUCUUUGGUAAUGGUACAAGCGGAAAUUCGACAAGCGAUGACGAUCACCUAAACGAACUUGGUCUAAUCCAAACGUCUUUUAUACUCUCGUAUAUGAUUUUCUCACCGGUAUUUGGUUACCUUGGCGACCGGUACAAUAGGAAAGUACUUAUGUCGGUUGGAAUAUUAUUCUGGUCAGGAAUAACACUUGGCAGUUCAUUUACAACGAAAACCUACUGGAGCUUCUUAUUGAUGCGUUCUCUUGUAGGUGUUGGUGAAGCAAGUUAUUCGACUAUUGCUCCAACGAUUAUAGCUGAUUUAUUUGUCGGAACAAUGAGAACAAAUAUGUUAUCUUUAUUCUAUUUCGCUAUUCCAGUUGGGUCUGGUCUUGGCUAUAUUAUAGCAUCGGGGGUUGAAAAAGCUACAGGCGAUUGGCGGUGGUCGCUAAGGAUUACGCCUGUCUUUGGUAUUGUUUGUGUAUUACUUAUUAUUUGGCUGGUGAAAGAGCCUUCUAGAGGAGCUAGCGAAGGAGGAUCUCAUCUGCAAAGUAGUUCGCUUAAGUCGGAUGUUGUUUAUCUCGGCAAGAAUCGUAGUUUUAUGUUAUCCUCUCUGGGCUUUACAUGCGUCGCAUUUGUUACGGGCGCUCUUGCCUUUUGGGCCCCAUAUUACUUGAAUCAUUCCAUACUUGCUCAAACUGAAGUAACAGGUGGAAGUCCAAAGAUGAGUAGGGAAACUGUUAGCAUGGUUUUUGGGUCAAUCACCUGCGUUGCGGGGAUAACAGGAGUGGCUAUUGGCUGGCACACUGCUAAAUUUUUAAGAAAGUAUACGGAAAAAGCCGAUCCUUUGAUUUGCGCUUUUGGCAUGUUAUCAUGUUCGCCUUUCCUCUUUCUAGCUCUUUAUCUAUCAAAGAAAUGCUUAGUCGCAACCUGGAUAUUUAUAUUUAUCGGUGAAACACUACUCUGCAUGAAUUGGCCAAUUGUUGCAGAUAUUCUCCUGUACGUUGUUGUGCCUAAUCGAAGAUCAAUAGCCGAAGCCGGUCAAAUUCUUAUGUCUCACGCUUUCGGAGAUGCCGGAAGCCCCUUUCUUAUAGGACAGGUGGCGGGAAGUAUUGGAAGCAUUUUAGCAAGUUAUUCUCAUAAUUACAAACAAUAUAAAUCUCUUCAAUAUUCUCUAUAUAUCAACUGCUUCAUUUGUGUACUCGGCGGAGGAUUUUUCCUGGCUAAUGCUAUGUAUAUAAUUCCAGAUAAAAUGGCCCAGAAAAAAGCCGUCAAAGAAUCAGCAGACGCAUAUUGCUCUGACGAUCAGAGUCUGCCAAAUACUGUAUUAAAUGGCUAG